AUGCCGUAUUUGGCGGAGGAACAUUAUCCGAUUCCGGGAACAGAUUUGCUAACAUGGAUGUUUGACCAUCGCGUUCCAUAUGAUGAAGACAAACCGAUAUACAUCGAUGCAUCGAAGCCUUCCCGAUCGAUAUCCUGCCGGCAGGCUCGCAAGAUGGUACGGGAGCUCGCAGCCGGAUUCCGCAAUAUCGGCAUGAAAAAGGGGGAUUGUGUCUGUGUCAUGGCUUUCAACGAUAUCUAUUAUUCCAUGGUCUUCCUUGGAAUAAUUGCCGCUGGUGGAAUCUUCUCUGGGGUAAACCCUUCCUAUACGGUCUUCGAACUGGCCCACGCCAUUCGCACUGCAGAUAUUACGCAUCUAAUCGUCGAGCCCGAGUUCCUUCCCAAAGCUUUGCUUGCGGCAAAAGAAUGCUCCCUUCCUCCAUCGAACGUAUUCUGCUUCGACAUUCAGAAUCAGAGCAUUCCAAAGCAACUGGGGGUUCAAAGCUGGACCGUGCUGCUGCAAAGCGGACAGAUGGACUGGGAACGGUUUGACGACGAAAAGCGAAGCAAGGAGACCAUAGUGGCUAGGCUAUUCAGUAGCGGGACGACGGGUAUGCCAAAGGCGUUGGGCAUAUCGGUCUGGAACCUCGUCGCGCAACACAUUGUGGUGAUGGAAGUCAGACCUCGACCGUACGAGGUUCGCCGCCUGAUCUCCAACCCUCUUUUCCACGUGUCACAGGUGCCUCGAGUCCAUACGAGCGCAAUAAAAGCCGGGAUACCUACUCACGUAAUGCGCCGCUUCGAACUUGAGCUGUGGCUUUCCAACAUCUCUAGGUACAACAUCACCGAAGUGAACAUUGUUCCGAUGAUGGUCAUCAGUCUCCUUACAUCUGGCCAUCUCGACUCUGGGAAAUAUUCGUUGAAGACCCUCAGAAAUGCUUGGUCUGGCUCCGCACCUCUUGACAAGAGUCUUCAAUUUCGCUUCAAGAAGUAUUUGCGGCCGGAUACUCCCUUCAAUCAAGCCUGGGGAAUGAGCGAAACCACAUGCCUGGCGAUAUGGUUUUACUAUCCGGAGCAGGAUUCUACCGGGAGCGUUGGGAGACUGUUACCCAACUGUGACGCAAAGAUUGUUGACGACGACGGAAAUGAUAUCACUGAGGUCAAGGGACCCGAUGGACUGAAUGUCAGAGGCGAAUUGUGCAUCCGAGGUCCUAUCAUCGUAAGGGGAUACUACAAGAACGAAGAAGCAAAUAGACGAGAUUGGGACCAGGAUGGUUAUUUCCACACAGGAGAUAUUGCAUACUGCGACUCGGAGACAAAGAAGUGGUAUAUCGUUGAUCGCAAGAAAGAACUCAUCAAAGUCCGUGGUUUCCAAGUUGCACCCGCUGAACUCGAGGCUGUACUCCUUCUGCACCCUAACAUCGUGGAUUGUGCAGUCGUUGGAGUACAGGCAUCAAUCGACGAAUCUGAGCUUCCGCGAGCAUACGUUGUGGUUCGACCGGGCACGACCGUUACAGAGGCUGAAAUCCGAGAAUUCACCAAAGACAAAUUGGCACGAUACAAGCAGUUCGAUGGUGGCAUAAGGUUUAUAGACAAGGUGCCCAGGAAUGCGAACGGCAAGAUCCAAAAAUCGGAGUUGAGGCAGCUGGUGAAGAAGGAAUUGAACGCUAGAUUAUGA